AUGAGGAGCGCGACGGGAACGCCUGCUUCAAUUUUUGUCGCUCACAAUGACGUCAUACAACACCCCAUUACAAGAUUCUCCACGAAUCAUCCGGAAGUUCAAAGCAUAGAAUAUGGCAACAAGAUACACAUGUGUUUUGGACGUCUGAAACAGUUCCACGACAGACAGGAAAAAAACGUGACCUCAACGCUGGCAAAGUUAUUUGUCUAUUCUCGAGCCAUAGAGCUGCACGUGCCUCGCAAAUUUAACAGUCGUUAUCAAAGUUGUGUUUUUUUCUUUUCCGAAGCUAUGAUGCACAUAUCAAUCUGUGACGCUAGCACACAGCCAGCACUGGAGGAAUGCAACACCUGUUGCAAAGAACUGUUUCACUGCCGUCUUUGUCCCAACUUCAACCCAACUGUCAGGGCAAAGAUUGAGAUGCAUAUAGAUCUCCACGUAAAAAACGCUUUGCAUUUCAAAGACAAAAUUAUAUGCCGGUGCCGGCUACCUUGCAGGGCGGAGGGACAUUAUCACUGCCCUUUCUGUAACAGAACAGUUAUACGACGGUUAGAUAUGAAAAGACAUUUAGUGUUGUGUCAAGUUUCUGCAGUGCCGAGUCCACCACAUACUGUACUGUCUUCAGUGCCGAGUCCACCACAUGCAGCACUCUCUUCAGCGUCAAGCCUGCCACCCACUGCUCCCCAUCCAGUGCCAAGGCCAUUCAUUUUCAAGUUACAGCAAGACAAAAUUGUAUGCCGGUGCAGGCUACCGUGCAGAGCUGAGGGUCAUUAUCACUGCCCUUUCUGUAAAAGAACUGUUAUACGACGGAUUGAUAUGGAAAGGCAUUUAGUGUUGUGUCAAGUUUCUUCAGUGUCGAGUCCACCACCCACGACACCGUCUUUAAUGCUGAGACCGUUCAUGUUCAAGUUACAGCAUGACAAAAUUCUAUGCCGGUGCCGGCUACCAUGCAGGACUGAGGGACAUUAUCACUGCCCUUUCUGUAAUAAAACAAUUAUACGACGGUUAGAUAUGGAAAGGCAUUUAGUGUUGUGUCAAGUUUCUGUACUGCGAAGGCCAACACGUACUACACCCUCUUCAGAGCUGAGCCCACCUACUGCUGCACCACGACCUUUGUCAAGACCACUGCCCUGUACUUCUGUGGUAGAACACUCGUAUGCACUGCCAUCUGUGCCAGCUGGAACUGAUGUUAAUGGGAUGUCAAUGACAUGCCCUCACUAUAGAAGAUAAUUUUAUUGUAAUUGUACAUAUGACGUUUUGUGUGUUUAAUUUAUUCAAUUUAAGUUUUUGACAACUGCAAUCAAUCAAGAACACAUUGUUGUACAACUUUUCCCACUUUGUCAUUGUUCAUGGUCACUGUCG